CAUCCCUUCAGCUCUCUCUCAGAGACAUACGAAGUAGCCUCCUCACAUGUCCCAGGCCACUCUGCGCCACCCUUUCUUCAUAGGCCAAGGUAGCUGGUGGCAAGGAUACUUGUAUGCUGGCCCUUUAUGAGGGCUCCUGGGUUUCUAGCAGACUCCUACCUCUUCCUGGAGGACAGAAUCUCUGCUGAUUUUCACAGCCAGUUGUCCUGUGGGCUCUGGUUCUCAGGGCUGGAAACCCAGCGUGGGGUUGAGACAUCAUGCUCCUCAGGGGGACCAUUGCACUGAGAUAUGCCUCUGCAUUCUCAAUCACCACAAGUGAAAGAGGGGCCAGCCCUUUCUGAAUCUCUGUUCUUCCAACCAAUUUAGAUGAGGCUUCUGUAGAUUCUUUGUUAUAAGACUGAUAUUCAACUAAUCUUCAUUUGGUUAAUACAGUUAGUAGUUAUAUAAUUGAGUUGUAAUUCCAAUCUGGUCCACUGAAGAAAUGUAUAUAACUUUCACCUCCUUUGCCUCCAUCUUGGAUCACCCUAAAAAAUUCUGAAAUGCACUGGAGGGACUAAAUAUUUAGGAUAUGGUGAGGUGAAAUAUUUUAAAUGAGGAAGGCAUUGUAAUGUUAAAAUUCAGCUAGUAAUUUGUUCCUAAUAGAUUUAAAAUCUAAUGAAUUCUUUGAUUCCAAUAGUUUUACAACUAGGUUUGAAGUCACAUGCUUUUAUUUUAAUUUAGACCAAGGCAAGUUUUUCUUUUACUUUUUUUUUUUCUUCUCAGUUACAAUUCCUUGAUUUUGGGAAUAGGUAGUCAUAGAUUAAGAAUUCUAACAGUAAAUAAUAAGUAAAUUAAAUUCUAAUUUUUCUUUGUCCAUACUUGACUAUUUCAGGAUAAAGUUAUUUCAGAAACACAUACGGACAGCAAAGACAUCUAAAAAUCCAAGCAAGCAUAUUCAUCAUCCACCUUUGCAUCUAGAAAAAAUGACUCAAGAAUCACAAAUAAAUAGGGCAUGUGACAAAGAGGAUACAUCUGCAUAUUCAGGACACCCUUCUGAGGAAAGGGUAAGAAAAUUUGCAUCAAACAAGGCAUAUUAGAGCAGAGGAAGAAUGUACAACCUUCCAAAAAUGAGUCAAAGCUGAACUCACAUAAAUUUUCUGUAAAAUUAAAAAUGACUGAGUGCCCUGAGGAAGAGCCACUACAUGAUAACUCUAAAGAAGGAGCAAGCUUAAGACAAAUGCCUUCUAAUUUGACAAGUAAAAUGCUUGAUUGUGAGGGGAAAGAUACAUUUGGAAUGUCUAUCUCUGCAGCAUUACAAACAUUCUCUAAAUGAGAGAAACACACUCUCAAAAUUGUUUCUCCAUCUCUUGCAAACCCUGGAUCUCUGGAAGACUCUCCCUGGUCCUCUUCUGAGCUUUGUUUAAGAGAAAAGGAAUUACAUUCUGAAAAUUAUCAGAAACCUAAUGCUGAACAUGUUUUGAACAAAAAUGAGGAGAGUUUUUAUAAUGAAACAGAAAAUAACAAAGCAAGGGCCCCCGUAGUUACGUCUGGAGUGAAAGAAGACCAAAAGCUUGCUAUGCGGAUGACAAAAAGUAUGAACCCAAAUACCAUGGAUUGGAAAUUAAACAAAAAAUAUGAACCCAAAUACCAUGGAUUGGAAAUUAGACAAAAAACUACACCUCAGUCUCAUGAUCCAAAAAGCCAUCUUAAACUGCAGCAUCCCUGCCACAAAGAAGCAAAACUCAUCACUGAAAUAAAAAGCCACGCUAUGCCUUCUGUUACAAAUACUUAUAAGGAAACAAAGACAAAUGAAGACUUGUUCCAGGAGCCAUUAUGUGCAGAUAAUUUCAAUGCUAAUUAUUAUAAAAUAACGGACUCUAAAUUAAAAGAUAAGAGUUCCUCUGUACUGCACAAUGACAGAACACCUGGAGGAAUUGUAAUUGAAGAACUACAGCAAGAUAUACAAAGGCUUAGGGAUGAUGUAAACAUGUUAAAAGCAGUGAGCUCGGCUUUGAAAAAAGAGAAAGUUCAACGUCAAAAAGAGGUAGAAUUUCACUUGCUGCUACUCUUUGUUUUCUCUCUUUAUCAAUUCUCUAGUCCAUUCUGAUUUUCCAGUUCUGAAAAAUUGUAUGUAAAAUGGUUGUCUAAAUAUGCAAUUGUGUAUAUAAAUAGAUUCUGUCAACUAAAUAACAGGAGUUUAGGAAAA